CAAGAACUGGAAUCGGAAUCCAUCUCCGAAAAUGGAUGGUAAUUACUUAAAAAAAAAAAAAAGAAGGUAAAGUUAGUCUCUGUUAGUCUGUAACAGAGUUGGUAAGAAGACAGGAAGGAUCCUAAAUCGCCUCUCGUCUCCGAUUUCAGCUCCUCUCGUCUCCGACUCCAGAUCUAGACGACUCCAGCUCCUCGGAGACACUUCAGCUCAUCUCGUCUCCGACUCUCCAUUCCAGCUCCUCUCCGUCGGUCGCCUCCCGUCUCCGACUCUCCACUCCAACUCUCUUUCCCGCUGAGCUUAUGUUCUGCCUCCUCUCUGUCGCUCUCGACUUCGAUUCUCCACUCCGGCUCCUCUCGGUCGCUCUCGUCUCCGACUCUCCUUCAAGCUCCCUUUCCCGGAGACAUGUUGCCUGGUAAUGUCAUGGAGAUCAUGGCCUCCCCAUCGUCCCUCUUCUCGGCCUACGCCUCCUUCAGUGGGUCCAUCAUGCUCGUUCGCACCAUGGUCAACGAUAUCGUCCCACGUCCGGUCCAGGCCUACCUCUGGCAGGCCAUCCAGCGUCUCUUCAAGACCAAUCCCCCCGUCCAGGAGCACCUGACACUCGUCGUGGAGGAGUACGCCUAUGGGCGAAAUGAGAUAUUCGAUGCUGCUGAGAUCUACCUCAGCUCCAAGAUCGAUACCAACACCGACCGCCUCAAGAUCUCCAAGAGCUCCAAGAAGGGCGUCCUGGUCAGCUUCGCAAAGGACGAGACCAUACUUGACACCUUUGAUGGGGUCGAGCUCAAUUGGAAGUUCGUCACCGUCACCACCCGCCGCCAGCGCCGUGGGUCCUCCGACGAAGGGGAGGAAUCUAAGGAACAGCACUUCGAGCUGAGCUUCGAUAAGAAGCACAAGGACAAGAUUAUCGGGACGUACGUGCCUUUUGUGAUUGAGAAGUCGAGCGAAAUAAAAGGGAAAGAAAAAGUCUUGAAGAUGUUCACCCUUAGGGGUUACGGCCGCUCUUGGAGUUCGAUUGAUCUCCAACACCCUUCAACCUUUGACACUUUGGCAAUGGAGCCAGAGCAGAAGAAGGCUGUAAUGAACGAUCUAGACAGGUUCUUGGGUCGGAGAGAGUUCUACAAGCGUGUCGGGCGGGCCUGGAAGCGUGGGUACUUGUUGUACGGCCCACCUGGAACGGGCAAGUCGAGUCUAGUGGCUGCUAUGGCGAACCACCUCAAGUUCAACGUGUAUGAUCUCCAGCUGUCAAACAUAAGGACCGACUCGCAGUUAAGGGAACUGCUGCUUGAAACUGGGAACAGUUCGAUCCUUGUGAUCGAGGACAUCGACUGCAGCAUCGACCUUCCGGAGCGAUCAGCAUCCGCUCAGGAUCCCAGGUCUGAGCUGACAUUAUCAGGGCUUUUGAAUUUCAUCGACGGGUUGUGGUCAACCUGCGGAGACGAAAGGAUAAUAAUAUUCACAACAAACCACGUAGAGAAGCUCGACCCAGCCCUGCUCCGGCCAGGCCGCAUGGACAUGCACAUCCACAUGUCCUACUGCACGUACCUCGGCUUCAAGCUCUUGGCAGCAAACUACCUCGAAAUCCCCGAUACCGAUGACGAGAAUCAUUGCCAUCGGCGUGUCUUCACGGAGAUCAAGGGCCUAUUGGCAGAGACCCAGGUGACCCCAGCAGAGGUUGCAGAGGAGCUCAUGAAGAGUGAGAACCCUGGGGUUGCCCUCGACGGACUUGUGAAGCUGCUGAAGCAGAAGAAAAAGGAGGCGCCAGCUGAUGGGAAAUUGGAGACUGUUGAAGAGAUUGAGGACUAACUAAGAAAAAAGCUGAAAGCCGAGGAUGAAACUAAAAAUUGAAUAACAAAAUAGUAUCUUUUCUGUUCUUUUCCCCUUCUUUUUAUGACACAUCGUCGACUUCACCGGGAGACAAGGUUCUUAACGACGAUUAUACCAAAGUAUUUUAAUGUCUAUAUAGAGAAUUUAGUUUAA